CGGUUGCCGUUUUUCAUUAAUAUUGCUACACAACAAGUAGCACUUGAUCAAGUAAGUAUAUAUGAACGCCACUUACUAAUUGCUGUCUUUUCAUACAAUUCUUAGAGAAGGAUAUUGUUUGCGAAUACGAAGCCUUUUUAGCUAGUUUUGUUUUGCUAAUUGACUACAAAUAGUUUUGUUGCUUUUUAAUGUUUGACCUUUACCUGUGUUUGCCUAUGUUUUGUGCUUCACUAUUCUUGCUUUGUUUAAAAUAAGAUUUUUAUGUUAUUUCUAUUAUUAAUAUAGUUGUUGCAGUUCCCCUUUGCGACCAUUAGAGGGAUCCCUAAAACCAUCUCCAUAGCAACAUAUGCUGCGGGCCAUAAACAAGUAUAACUUGCAAGGCUGUUGUUUUAAUUUCAUGAUAAUGACCCCGGUAAAUCAGAAUAAAACGGCUUUGGAAGCAGUGGAUGACUAUGCGGAGUACAGAAGGAUCGUUGGUGAUGACGAUGGUGGAAAACUUUUCACUCCAGAGGAAUAUGAAGAGUACAAAAGGAGGGUUCUACCGCUACGUAUGAAAAACCGGUUAUAUGUGAGCUUUGGUGUACCAGGGGGCAUUGACUGCAAGCAGGUUGGCCCUGAAACACAGUGCUUUUGUGAACACAGAUACAAGCAGCAUCAGACAGAGUUUGAGGUGAUUCCCUCUGAGCGACCCAUUGCUCUACGGUGCAAGGUCAGCGGUUGUCGCUGUUCUUCUUAUAACUAUAUUCCUCAGCCUGGGGGUGUGAUGGUGCGCUGCAAGUGUAAGCAUUUACCGCAGGAUCACAGUGAAGCUGCAGGCCACAUGUGCAAGAAGUGCAAAGUCUGCUCUGGGUUCCACAGUCCCUACACUUGUGGGUGCGGUCGACCCACCUUUGAGCACCGUACCUUGGUUGAGACAAAGCAAGAGAGGCUGGCAAGAGGUCAGCCUGUUGGCAAAGAUGUUCCUUAUGCAGCCAUGGGGGGCCUGACAGGAUUCACCUCUUUGCUGGAUGGUUACCUCGCUAUGCAUGUCCUCAGCGCAGUUGAAGGCAGAGAAGACGACUGCCUGGAGAGGAGCUCGGCAGCGAGAAACCCCAACACUUCUGCGAGAAACCCCAGCACCUCUGCAAAAAAACCCAACACAUCUGCGAGAAACCCCAGCUCCUCUGCUGAAGCAAGCAGCUCUGGUGUCUCUGAGAAACAAACCAAAAAUCAAUGAAUUGCAAGAUUUGCAUUUAAUUAUUUUGCCAUAUUGUUCAUUUCUGAGGAGAUAGUUCAACUCUAACAUAUCAAAUACAAAAUUACAUAUGUUAUAGCUUGUAUCUUUCCCAAGAGGCAAAGAAUAUUUGGUUUGUUCACGAGUAAAAUAAUUCCAGCUAGUUGGAAAUAGCUCAAAUAUUGGUAUAUUUGUACUUUAUAAAUGUAACCCUGAUUUCAA